AUGAUGAAAGGAUUCAAAAACAGAUUGACUCGAAACAAGAGUCAAUCUUCAAAUAAAAAGGGAGAGAAAAAGGAGAAAGAUGGCAAGAGUGACAAGAGGUCAGCCAUCCCCGGUUUUGCUUCGUCGUCGUCGUCGUCCUCUUCUCCUUCUUCUUCUACUUCUCCAGCUUCGAACUCGGCUGCAGGUUCAGGUUCAGGUAACUCCGCCAAUUCGCAAACACUGCAAAGCUCCAAAAAUCUAGUCACCAACGCUUCGACCUCGUUGAAAUCAAACUCCCCAAGUCCGUCAAGAAACAAUAGCGGUAACAGCGCCAACUCGAUAAAGUCAGUCAACAGCAACACCACAAUGGCCUCGUCGUCGUCUCCACAGGGUCUGCCAACUCGAGACUCGCCCAAAAUUGUUGUUAAUGAUGAAAAUUCCACAAAUGUGUUUGGGUCACCUUUGCAAUCAUCUUCAUCAUCAUCUACCAAUAGCGCGGGCGUCUCGUCGAACCACUUGGCAGCCGGAGGUGCGGGGCCUUCAUCAGUGGCAACUAACGCGGGGAUCAACCCAAACAUUGCUCCAGCCACUAUGCCAUCAAUUGUUACUCCACCUUCUCAAAAUGUCAAUAGUGUCACUUUUGGCUCGCCUUCCACUUCCAAUUCAUCCUCGUCUCAUCCAAUCACACCAACUCCCACAUCACCAAACAGUUCAUCUUCAUCAGCGCAUUUCGACAAUAGAGCACAUCAUAGUCAACAGGGUGCGGCUGCUGUCCAGUCCCAUUUUAGCCAGUUGAAUCCAAACAUUAGUACUCCCGGAAGAGACGUGUUUGAUAUAGAUUUGAUUGUGCCUCCCAAGAGACAUUCCUCGUCGAGGUUUGAACCAACUAGUUCGGACAAGUACCAAGAGAUUCACAAGUUGCCCAAUUUUGAUGAAGUGUUGCCCGAGGAUCAAAUCAACUUGUUCAUUCAGAAAAUUGACCAAUGCAACAUGAUGUUUGAUUUUAGUGAUCCAACUUUUGACGUUAGAGGUAAAGAAAUAAAGAGGAUGACUUUGCAAGAGUUGAUUGCCUUUAUUUCAAAUAAUAGAUUUUCAUACACGGAUGAAAUGUACAAACAUGUUGUUAGCAUGUUCAAAAAGAAUUUGUUUCGUCCCAUCCCGCCACCCGUGAACCCCGUGGGCGAGAUUUUCGACCCAGAUGAAGAUGAGCCAGUGAGCGAGUUGGCAUGGCCCCACAUGCAAGCGAUUUACGAGUUUUUCCUUCGAUUUAUCGAGCUGCCUGAUUUCCAGCAUCAAAUUGCCAAGCAAUAUAUCGAUCACGACUUUAUAUUGAGAAUAUUGGAACUAUUUGAUAGCGAAGAUCCGCGAGAAAGAGAUUGUUUAAAGACAACUUUGCACAGGAUCUAUGGCAAAUUCUUGAGUUUAAGAAGCUUUAUUAGGAAAUCCAUCAAUAAUGUGUUUUUGCAGUUUGUAUAUGAAACUGAGAGAUUUAAUGGCGUUGGUGAACUUUUGGAAAUCUUGGGCUCGAUUAUCAAUGGAUUCGCGUUGCCAUUGAAGGAGGAGCACAAGAUCUUUUUGGUGAGAGUCUUGAUACCUUUGCACAAGGUCAAGUGUCUAUCUAUUUACCAUCCACAAUUGGCCUAUUGCAUUGUGCAGUUUUUGGAAAAAGACCCAUCGUUAACUGAAGAUGUCAUCAUGGGAUUGUUGAGAUACUGGCCCAAGAUCAAUAGCCCGAAAGAGGUGAUGUUUUUAAACGAAAUUGAAGAUAUCUUUGAGGUGAUGGAACCCAAUGAGUUUGCCAAGAUCCAGAUCCCGUUGUUUGCGCAAUUGUCCAAGUGCAUAGGCUCUCCGCAUUUCCAAGUUUGCGAAAAAGUCUUGUGCUACUGGUCCAACGAGUAUUUUUUGACGUUGAUUACGGAAAAUGCCGAAGUUGUGUUGCCGAUAAUUUUCGCUGCAUUGUAUGAGUUGACCAAUUCAACUCAACCUGGUACCGAGAAUGGCGUUAUGCAACAAAAAUUAUCGAAUUUUCCCGAUGCUACAGUUGAUGCCAAUGGCAAUUUGAUAGACAGCGGGCUAGUUCUUCAAGAUACACAACAAGGGAUAGUUCCUAGUGCCAAUAAUCUUUCACACCCUCAUAACAACAUAUUCCAGGUUCAUGCCUCGGUGAAUAACAACAACAACAACAAUAACCUCAACAACAAUAAUAAUAACAACAACAACAAUAAUAAUAAUAACGGCAAUGGUAACCAGAGUCUACGUGCAACGAAUAACGAGAUAAACAGUGGCAUGGCUGGGAACUCGCCUGAUACCGACAUGAACGGCACUGAGCGAGCCGAUGGUGAAUUCUACGAUCUGUUUAGCUCGAUGCAAGCACAUAAUAACAACAACAAUAAUGGCGGUCAAGGCGAUGAAUUUGGACCUGGGUUUGAAGAAGAGUCGACAUUGUUGCAGCACAAUUCCGCGACUUCGAACUGGAACAGAAGCAUACACUCACUCGUGUUUGGUGCGCUCAAAGUGUUUAUGGAUCACAACCCGGUGCUCUAUGACCACUGCACGAUACUUUAUCAUCAAUCGUUAAGUGAGCAAAGAGACCGCGAAGAGGCUCGAAAAGAAGGCUGGAAAAGAAUCGAAAACUACGUGAACCAGAUCAAGGCAAACCAGCAGCAGCAAAUGAAUGCCAGGGGAAUUUUUUAG